AUGCUCGGGUCUUGCACUUCGAAGGAUCGUAACUAUACUGGCGGCAAUGGGGCCUAUUUAAAGAAUAAGAGAGUAGGCGUCACCGGGCCCACGCAAGAGGAAAUAUUCCGUAUCGACGUCCGAUGCUCACCAAACGCCCCCGCGCGCGAAUAUGGCGUGAUGCGCGAUGCAGGAGAACACGACGACGCCUCCCGCUUCGUUGGCAGUGCGAGCGGUAUUCAUUACAUCCGCGCCGUGCACCUUCGCCUCGCGAGACGUUCUGCUGCGCGUAUGAGCAAGCCCGCCAAUAAUACACUCAUUCCGGGCGAGGAUGACCAACUACAGAAAGGCGCAUCAGUGAAGAAGACGGGGGAUGAAUUCUUGUGGAAAGCGAACGAGGUCGUUUUGCCGGGGAAUGAGGAAGGUGUGCCGCCGAGCUUCGAGGAUUAUGUCGAGUGGUCGAAAAGCUACUUCGAGUCGUGGCACCCUGUUUUGCCCUUUGUCCACGGGCCCGAAAUACUACGUCUCUUUGAAGACGCAUGUACUAAUGGCUUUUCUUCUCUCGGACACGAAAACCAAGCCAUCCUCAAAUCCAUCCUUUCCAUUUCCCUCGCCGACAGUCGUCAGGGCAUAUCCCCCUCUAAACCAAUCCCCCAUCACGUCAUCUUCAGUACUGUCGAUGAUGCGCUCUCCUCUUCAAAAUUUGCUCUCAGCAGACCGGCUUCCAUCCGUUCCACCCAAGCCGCCUUCGCCAUUCAGCUAUUUCUCACCUCCAUGCUCUGCCUCAAUGCUGCUUCCCGCCUAGGCCGCCUCAUAGUGCGUGGAGCAUUCCAUCUCGGGCUACACCGGUGCCCGACCCGAUUUUCGUUCUUCAACCCUGAGCAGGCUUCAGUCCGACGCCGCGUGUUCUGGUGUAUUUACACCUUAGAACGGUUGCUCUGUCAGUCACUCGGUCUGCCACUCGACAUACAAGACAAUGAUAUCGAUGUUUGUUAUAUAGGCGAAGAGCGACAUAUGCACCCGGGUAGCGACGUGGAGGAGACUGGUCGGCUACGUCUGUUAACGUUUGUCGCUAAGCAUGCCCGGCUGCGCGGCCUAAUACUAGAAUUGCGGAACAAGUCUAUCCUACAACGCCAAGAUACGGCCGACCGGACAGUGCAUGUCAUCUCCGGGAAGGAUACACUGCGCCAUCUUGCAGCAAGAGAUACGUGGUGGCCUGAAUACUGCCUUGAGGCUAUCGACGAACUUCUAUCGACAGUCAAGGAACUUCCUCAACGCCAAGCCCCAUCCCUUGAAUCUCCUAUUGACGAUAUUGUUUCCUCAAGAGUCCCUAUGCAACCCCGACCGCACCACGUAAUUCCGACCACAAUCCCCCAAUGUCGCAGAGACGCGCGGCCGCCGAAGGCUGGCAGCCUGUAG